UGCCUUGCUCUGCCUCGUUUCAGGACGGCGCACCCCCCACCCCCUCUCAGAAGACCUUCCCUCUCUGCCAUGGGGGUUCUGUGAGCCCCAAGUAUCUGCUUGAGGCCUGGCUUCCAGUGCUGCCCUCCCCAGACCAUGUGGUGGUCACUCCUCCGAGGCCCACCGCUCCUUUCCCCCUUUCUGCAAGUGACCGAAGUUGCCACCGGCUGGGAGGCCCGCCUGGCACUGUGGAUCCUCAGCUUCGCUUCGGCCGUGGUGCAGAUGGAGAGCCAGGCGUACUCUCCCACUGUCAACACGCACUAUGGGAAGCUGCGGGGCGUGCGGGUGCCCCUGCCCAGCGAGAUCCUGGGGCCCGUGGACCAGUACCUGGGGGUCCCCUACGCGGCGCCCCCCAUUGGGGAGAAGCGGUUCAUGCCCCCCGAGCCACCCCCCUCCUGGUCGGGGAUCCGCAACGCCACGCACUUCUCCCCGGUGUGCCCACAGAACAUCCACACGGCCGUCCCCGAGAUCAUGCUGCCCAUCUGGUUCACCUCGAACCUGGACAUUGUGGCCACUUACAUCCAGGACCCCAAUGAGGACUGCCUGUACCUCAACAUCUACAUCCCCACCGAGGAUGUAAAACGGAUUUCCAAGGAAUGCGCCCGAAAACCCAACAAGAAAAUAUGUAGGAAAGGAGGCGGCUCCAGCGCUAAGAAACAGGGCGAGGACUUAGCGGAUAAUGACGGGGAUGAAGACGAAGACAUCCGAGACAGUGGGGCCAAGCCGGUGAUGGUGUACAUCCAUGGCGGCUCAUACAUGGAAGGCACAGGCAACAUGAUUGACGGCAGCGUGCUGGCCAGCUACGGCAAUGUCAUCGUCAUCACCCUCAACUACCGUGUGGGAGUGCUGGGAUUCCUGAGCACCGGGGACCAGGCUGCCAAGGGCAACUAUGGGUUGCUGGAUCAGAUCCAGGCUCUGCGUUGGAUCAGCGAAAACAUCGCCUUCUUUGGCGGCGACCCCUUGCGCAUCACUGUCUUUGGUUCGGGCAUUGGGGCCUCCUGCGUCAGCCUGCUCACACUGUCGCACCACUCCGAGGGCCUCUUCCAGAGGGCCAUCAUCCAGAGCGGCUCUGCCCUCUCCAGUUGGGCUGUCAACUACCAGCCGGUGAAGUACACCAGCCUGCUGGCUGACAAGGUUGGCUGCAAUGUGCUGGACACGGUGGACAUGGUAGACUGCCUGCGGCAGAAGAGCGCCAAGGAGCUGGUGGAGCAGGACAUCCAGCCGGCACGCUACCACGUGGCCUUCGGGCCCGUCAUCGACGGGGACGUCAUCCCCGAUGACCCAGAGAUCCUGAUGGAGCAGGGCGAGUUCCUCAACUACGACAUCAUGCUGGGCGUCAACCAAGGCGAGGGGCUCAAGUUCGUGGAGGGCGUGGUGGACCCGGAGGACGGCGUCUCAGGCAGCGACUUCGACUACUCUGUCUCCAACUUCGUGGACAACCUGUACGGCUACCCGGAGGGCAAGGACACGCUCCGCGAGACCAUCAAGUUCAUGUACACGGACUGGGCCGACCGGGACAACCCCGAGACGCGCCGCAAGACGCUGGUGGCCCUCUUCACCGACCACCAGUGGGUGGAGCCCUCAGUGGUGACCGCCGACCUGCACGCCCGCUACGGCUCCCCCACGUACUUUUAUGCCUUCUACCACCACUGUCAGAGCCUCAUGAAGCCGCCCUGGUCUGACGCCGCUCACGGGGACGAGGUGCCUUACGUCUUCGGGAUCCCCAUGAUCGGGCCCACUGACCUCUUCCCCUGCAACUUCUCCAAGAAUGAUGUCAUGCUGAGUGCCGUGGUCAUGACUUACUGGACAAACUUCGCCAAGACUGGGGACCCCAACAAGCCAGUUCCUCAGGACACCAAGUUCAUCCACACCAAGGCCAACCGCUUUGAGGAGGUGGCAUGGUCCAAGUACAACCCCCGCGACCAACUCUACCUGCACAUCGGCCUCAAGCCACGCGUGCGAGACCACUACCGUGCCACCAAGGUUGCCUUCUGGAAGCACCUGGUGCCGCACCUGUACAACCUACAUGACAUGUUCCAUUACACCUCCACCACCACCAAGGUGCCGCCGCCCGACACCACCCAGAACUCCCACAUCACCCGCCGGCCCAAUGGCAAGGCCUGGAGUACCAAGCGCCCAGCCAUCUCCACCGCCUACACUAGCGAGGGCUCGCAGGAGAAGUGGAACCCGGAGCAGGAUGGGGCGGGGACCCUGCUGGUGGAGAACCCCCGGGACUACUCCACCGAGCUGAGCGUCACCAUCGCCGUGGGUGCCUCGCUGCUAUUCCUCAAUGUCCUGGCCUUCGCCGCCCUCUACUACCGCAAGGACAAGCGCCGGCAGGACACGCACCGCCAGCCCAGCCCGCAGCGUGCCGCCAGCGCCGCCAACGACAUCGGCCACACCCCAGAGGAGGAGAUGCCAUCGCUGCAGGCGAACCAGGCGCACCACGGCGACUGCGAGGCCCCCCACGACGCCCUGCGCCUUGCCGCCUUGCCCGACUACACGCUCACCCUUCGCCGCUCGCCAGACGACAUCCCGCUCAUGACUCCCAACACCAUCACAAUGAUCCCCAACUCCCUGGUGGGGCUACAGACCCUGCACCCCUACAACACCUUCGCCGCCAGCUUCAGCAGUACUGGGCUCCCGCACUCACACUCCACCACCCGGGUAUAGCCUGCCCCAAGCACCCUUGCACUCCCCAUGCGCCCUCGCCGGACCUGGCACUGCUGGGAGGAGGGGGGAGUGGCAGCAAGGUGUGGCGAGGGUCCCCAGACUACUCGCCCUUUGGGGAUUUCAUUUGUAUCAAGUGCUUUGACUCUCCUGGAGGCCCGGCAGGGGUCUUGACCGAGCAGAAGGGGGCCAAAGACUGCGACCGGAGCCGCUUCGCUCCCUGCUCCCGAGUCCAGACACUGUGCAGGAGGGGAUCGGGGAGCCCUCUGAGCCUGCUGGAGGCCCCUCUCCCCACGGCACCUUCCCAGAGCCACAGGGCACUGCCUGGGGAACCCCAACUGUGGGCCUCAGGGUGGCUCCUGCCUGCCAUUCCCUCCUUACCACUAGAGAUUUACCGGUCAAUGCCAUGGGAAUACAACUCUUGUGGGCUGACUUGCCAUGCCGAGACAGCAGCUUGGGACCACGUGCCAGGGAGCCCCGGGCAGGUGCAGUCUGGUGCCCAAAGCCCCAGUGGCUGUGUCCUGGAUAUGUAGUCUGCGCUUGGUGCUGGGCCCAAACAGAUGCUGUCCUGGUGGCUCUCCUUUCCCCCCCGCCCCGUCCCCAGCAACCCUCACGCCUCUCCUUCGUGUCGUGGAGAAAACUUUUUUCCUGUCUGUCUGUUUCUUUCCAAGAGACCUUUUUUAAGCAGAUCUUUAGUUCUUUAAAACACUAACGGAA